GGAUUUAUAUUAAAAUCAAUAUGGUUCUUUGGUGAUCCAGCUAUUUUACAGUCAAAUUGUAUUGUUGAAUGUAUAGACAUUUUACCAGAUAUUAAUAUAUUAGUCAUUGCACAGCGUGGAUCAAAAUGUUUGUUUUAUGAUAUUACAAAAGGCUCAAAGCAUGAUCCUAUCCAAGUACUUAAGGGAGGUAGUCAUCCUUGGUUUUUGCCUGAUUCUAUAUCAGUAAAUCAAGAUUAUUUUGCUCUUGCUGGUAGGAAACCAUCUGUUAUCUUUGUCUGGAAUUGGAGAAAAGGCAUAAAGUUAUUGAGU